CUCUUACGGGUAGGACCAGAGACGGUAGGACUGUAGGAGGAGCCUCGUAGCACGCGUGCUGCAACUGUCGUCCUAGAUAGGAGCGAAACUUGUUUUGUGUCCAUUGCCGAAUCUCCUAAUACAAUUCGGAAUAUUUCAUUCACUCAUGGAGAUUACUGGGAAGAAUCCUUCGACGUUGGCAACACUGUUGGGUACUUACAAAGUCCUCUAGUCCUAUCUACAUGUGCAUCGUACUACGACAAAUUAUACCCAUCCGCGAUUGGUUUGCCGGUUCACUGUGUUUCAGUUUCAUCUGUCGCCGAUUUAAUGCGAGAUAUGAAGGUCACUGUUUUAUUGUCAGCUUUGUGCAUGCUUCGAAGUUGCACCGCGUAUAACAUUCUCGUAUUUUUGCCAAAUCCAAUUUGGAGUCACUAUGUCCAAGUCGAGCAUAUUAUUCAUUCUUUAGGACUGCGUGGUCACAACGUGACGGUUAUGAGUCCGUAUCCGACCAAAAAUGGGACCGAAAACGUUCGACAUUUCUUCCUAGCUCCAGAAACUAGCCCUGCUGCCCUUUUUGGAAACUUGAUAGAGCGUUUCACGGAUGCCCCACAUCCGAUAUUCAGACUCGGUGAACGGAAGCGACGCGCCGAUCAGCAAGUACCGCAGCUUUUCCGAUCGGCCCUCUUCCGUGAUUUAAUCAGCAACGACAACAAAUUCGACCUGAUUUUCACCGAGCUUUUCUUUGGAUUCGAGGCUUUUGUCGCUCUUGGCAACAUCUUUAAUGCUCCUGUCGUCACUUACUCAUCUUAUGGUUAUGAUGGUGAUAUUCUCAGGUACUCCGGCGCUGCAAAUGCAAUCUCAUACCUGUCCAUAAAGUAUCUCCCUUAUGGAGGGCCGAUGAGCCUAAUGCAAAGGCUAGAAAACACUCUACUCCACAUAGCCACAGUGCUGUACACGGAGUACUGGUACUUACCACAUCACGACGCUUUACUGGCCGAAUAUAUUCCCGGACCACUUCCUCGCAUCACGGAUAUGCUUGGGAACGUCUCUCUAUUUUUUCUCACAGCCAACACUGCCUUGGAUGGGGCUAAAGUGUACCCUCCGAACGUCAUCGAAAUAUCCGGAAUACACCUCAAAGAACCGAGACCAUUGGACGAGGAUUUGAAAACAAUAAUGGACACAGCCAAAAAUGGAGUAAUUUUCUUUUGUUUCGGGUCCAUAUUGAAGGCCAGCGAUUUUCGGAGAGAGGCGAUCCACGCAUUUUUAUCAGUAUUUGAGGAGUUGGACCAAACCAUACUGUGGAAAGCAGACUUGAACGCGUCCGAAUGGAACAUCCCGAAAAAUGUUCACAUAAAGGACUGGUUUCCUCAAACUAGUGUUUUGGCCCACCCUAACUGUGUCCUAUUUCUUACGCAUGGGGGUGUGUCAAGCAUGAUGGAGGCGAUCAAACAUGCUGUUCCCGUCGUUGGAAUCCCCUUCUAUGGAGACCAAAUCGUUAAUCUUGCCAAUGCUGAGUAUUUUGGCUAUGGCCUGAGGGUGACUUACAAAAAUCUAAGCCAGCAAUCACUGCGUUGGGCAAUGACUACAGUUUUAGGAGAUUCUAGGUUCAAGGAAAACAUCAGGAAAGCUUCGAAUAUCUUCACCGACAAACCCAUGUCAUCACUAGAAACGGCUUUGUACUGGAUAGAAUAUGUAGCACGCCAUAAAGGUGCACAUCAUUUGAAACCUUUGGCAGCGAAAAUGCCCUGGUAUCAACUUCUCUUAUUGGACGUGAUUAUUGUGUACUUAGGAGCUUUUAUUAUAAUCCUUUGUUUUGUAGUAAAAUUCGUCUCGUUCUUAGUCAAAAAGUCUGCCUUCAAAACUGAAAACUUUAAGAAAAAGAUUAAAUCAAAUUAAUUCAUUUGAUAAAAAA